CCGCCCCUGCACAACACUGUAUGAUGAGUUGCAAAACUAGAAACGGGAAAGGAUGCAUUGGUCGACUUUACCAGCUUUCCGAGGAGCUUAGUCGUGUCGCUAAGUUGCCGGUAGGUUCGCAUGUUUGCCGGCGACAUUGGGAUACGUUACGAAGAAGCAACUUGCGCUGCUCAUGUCCCAUGCACGAUAAACAACUGCCCUCACGUCUGAACAAGCAACCUAUUCCAAGUCGUUUUUAUCCGGUAUUUGACGAGAUUGGGCUAACAGUGGCAGGAUACCAGCCUGGUACUCGGUGGUGUUACCGGUGCAAGUUGCUCGCCUAUAAGAAAUUUGAAAGCCGUCCUCAAACAAGUAGAAAACCAGUCGAGGUAAGUGUAUAUUUUUAUUCGGGAAAACAACCACUCCUCUGCAGUGCCUCUUCGCUGUAAAUUGCUAUGUAUUUCUUCCUGUAUUUUCAAUCUGUUUAACAAAAUAUAAAAACGAGUACAUAGAAAAGGCUUGAACAUUCUUUCGUUCUUUUUAUUAGGAAAAAGCAAAUAGUAGUACAUCCGCCAUCGGCACAGAACAACAACUACAAAAGAUAUUUCAGUUUACGGGAUCCCCUAUUCUACACCUCCAUGAAAUUUUGCAAGAUAUAUCUAUGUCAGCACCUACCAUAUCCCAACUGGAUCAAACAAAGGAACAAUUUUGAAGGCUGUUUUCAAGACUUAAAGCUCUAGCAGACAUAUGUGAUAUUCAUCUCCUGGAAACAUGGAAAGAGCUGCAAACUCCCCUAGGUACCAUCAAAAUUGCCCCAAAUGGCAACGUGUUAAUGGAUAGUCAAGUAUGGGACCAAAUAAAGACAACAAUCAAAAAAAUUGACGAAUUGGAUGAAGGUAAUUCACUGGGCCAACUAGUGCAACAAUUUCAGAUGGCUCUAUACCAUCAUGCCCUCAGUAGUGAAGCUCCAUUAUAUGAGCCAGCAGCAAUGAAAGCAUUCACACAAAAACACUCUCCAGGUCUGUUUGAAAUGCUUUUAAGUUAAAAAACAAGGGAGGACUCCAGACUCUCAGAAUAACAUCAAGCUGUACAGGAGCAAAGAACUGUUGUUCUCCUUCACACACUGGCAUAUUUCAGGUCUCAGAAAACUUCCACCCUACAAAAGGAUGAAGGGCUAUUCCUACAACAUCAUGGUGCUUCUAGGACAGCAAUAAAUUCAGGAAGGAUACUUCAUUUCAGUACAAGUCCUAGAAAUAUUGAUUCUCACAAGAAAACACUAAUAACAAAAUAUCCAGACAUACUGAUGAGAAAGGUUAUCCUGGCAACAGAGAAAGGAUUCCUAAUUGUACAACUGUUGGAUGACUUCCAUAAUAUUUUGACUGUUAGACUACCAACAAAUCUGAAGCUAUCAUUAGCUACGCACAUGGCUAGUGGCCUACUGGACAUCCAUCCUUCAAUUCCUGCUGUUCCUAUCCCUACAAGAGAUACAAGACACAGCCGAGUGAUUGUGAAGAUAGGGAAUGAAAAUAAAAUUUGCAGAGGAGGAAUUGUUCUAGACUACAUAAAAGAGUUGUUUCGAAGACCAGUGUUAUCAAGAAUGUACUUGGAAACAAAUCACCAAUGCAUUUCAUCAAAAUACAUCCAACAACAACUAAAGGAAUUGAGGGUCUAUUCUGGGUUGUCGCACGAUGAGCUCUGUACCCUUGAGUCUACUAAUUUAAUAGAUGAGUUUGAGCAAUCUUUGAAAAGUAUGGAGGACUAUAAAUCAGCCAUUGAUCACAUAUUCCUGUGCUGUCCACAACUGGAACAUUACUUGAAAAAAUUUGUAGUACCAGCACCCGGGGACUGGCCAACUUGGUUUUAUCAAAAGAAACUCAUUGCUCAAGAAGUCAAUGCAGAUGCCAGUUUCCUAUCAGUCAUCCCAGAGCAGGGCCCAUUUCAUGUUUUCCUGAAUCUACAAGAAGAUGUUGUAACAAUUUAUGACUUCUUAUUUAAAAAAGUUUACAAAGAGACAUUUGGAUCUGACUUACCCAACAAGCCAAAGCCUUUUCGCGUCAGCCUGGUAAUAACUGCUGUUUUUCUGGCAUGGGGCAAAUUACGUGAUAAAGUUCUCCUAAAAUUCAAGCUCUGCAAGUACAUAGAGUAUGCUUCCAUUCUGUUUCUUUUAGAUGAGGUGGUUCCCAUAUCAUUCUUCCACUAUCCUGUUACAUUCAGGUCUGGAGACAUGGAAUCAUAUAUAACAAUGAUGUUAAAGUUAUCUCUACUGUUUAUAAUCUGGAAAAAGGCAUCAUUAUGACAGAUCAACACUCUUGAUGCUUAGUGACUUUUCUUUUCACAAACAACAUUUUUCACAGUACCAUGAACUUAAAAAGAAAUGGAUGGCUCUAA